CGCCUUCAGAACGCAUCCUCCGAGGGGCGCCAGCGCCAUUGACCACCCUGCUGGCCGAAGGGCCCGCCUUCACGAACCCAGGCGCUCCUGCGAUUGGCCAGCAACCCCGCCUCUCAUCGGAGGGCGCCAGGUGAAUGAAAGGGGGGCGUGUCGGUGCGCGGUGCUCCGUGGCUGCGCGGCUGGAACUCGCUAGAAGAGAUACAGGUUUACUCCGGAGCAGCAGCAGCUGGCGGAGCAAUGGAGAUGCAAUCCUAUUAUGCCAAGCUUUUGGGGGAGCUGAAUGAACAGAGAAAGAGGGACUUUUUCUGUGACUGCAGCAUCAUUGUGGAAGGGCGGAUCUUCAAGGCCCACAGGAACAUUUUGUUUGCUAACAGUGGCUACUUCCGAGCCCUGCUCAUUCACUAUAUCCAGGACAGCGGGCGGCAUAGCACUGCUUCCUUGGACAUUGUCACCUCUGAUGCCUUCUCCAUCAUCUUAGAUUUCCUCUAUUCUGGGAAGUUGGAUUUGUGUGGGGAGAAUGUGAUUGAAGUGAUGUCAGCUGCCAGCUACCUGCAGAUGAAUGACGUGGUGAACUUCUGCAAGGCAUAUAUCAGGUCAUCCCUCGACAUUUGCCGAAAGAUGGAGAAGGAGGCUGCUGUGGCUGCAGCGGUGGCAGCGGCGGCGGCGGCUGCAGCGGCGGCGGCAGCAGCGGCAGCUCAUCAGGUUGACAGUGGAAGCCCCAGUUCAUGCCGAGAGGGGACCUCCUGUGGUACCAAGAGCUUGGUCUCCUCUCCAGCCAAAGGAGAAAAGAGUGUAGACUACCUGAGAGUGUCCCCUUGUGGUGACUGCAGAGACUGCCACCCCUUGGAACUGGUGGUGAAAGACAGCCUCGGCUGUGGCUCCGCUGACAGUGAUCUCUCUACUCCACCCAAACAGAUAGAGCCCAAGGUGGAAUUUGAUGCUGAUGAAGUGGAGGUGGAUGUUGGUGAACAGCUGCAGCAGUAUGCUGCCCCACUGAGCCUGGCCCACGUGGAGGAGGCCUUGCCCAGCGGCCAGGCGGUUGACUUGGCUUACAGCAACUAUCACAUGAAGCAGUUCCUGGAGGCGCUCUUGCGCAACAGCGCUGCCCCAAGCAAAGAUGAUGCGGACCAUCACUUUUCUCGGAGUUUGGAGGGAAGACCAGAAAGUUCAGGAGUAGCCAUGAGUUCCAUGAUGGAUGUCCAGACUGACUGGUAUGGAGAGGACUCAGGUGAUGUGCUGGUGGUCCCCAUCAAGCUCCACAAGUGUCCUUUCUGCCCUUACACUGCCAAACAGAAGGGCAUCCUCAAGCGGCACAUCCGUUCACACACGGGCGAGCGGCCCUACCCCUGUGAGACCUGCGGCAAGAGGUUCACACGACAGGAGCACCUGCGGAGCCACGCCUUGAGUGUCCACAGAUCGAACCGUCCAAUCAUCUGCAAGGGCUGCAGAAGAACAUUCACAAGUCAUCUGUCCCAGGGGCUGCGGCGCUUUGGGCUGUGUGACAGCUGCACCUGCGUUACAGACACACCUGACGAUGAUGAUGAUUUGAUGCCCAUCAAUCUUAGCUUGGUGGAAGCUUCAUCCGAAAGCCAAGAAAAGAGUGAUACAGACAAUGACUGGCCAAUCUAUGUGGAGUCGGGUGAGGAAAAUGACCCCACUGGAGAUGAUUCUGAUGACAAACCACAAAUUCGUCCCAACUUAUCAGACUGAGAGACACUUAUGUAGCAAUAAAUUGGUGGGGAGAAGUUUUAGAACUUGUUAGUGCUCACUCUGUUGCUGAAAGACACCGUUUGUCCAAUUUUGUGGAACCCUGAGAGGAACAUUUUUUCACUGUUAAUGAUAUGUGCAUUUUUAUUGGACUAUCUGAUAUAGGUUGGAUUUUGUGACUCAAAGGACAGAUAACUUUUUUGUGUGGGGCCCUUGGUUUCUGAGGGCUUUGCUGGCCACUCCUUAAUUCUGGGUGAAUCAAGGCAGGCCCUGAGGUCUUUUGUUUUUCUUGCUGUGCAUCCAAACUCUGGUUAGGAGAAAGAUAAGAAAAUUUCCACAUUUGUUUUUAUAUUGACUCAGUCCUCUGCAUUCCUUUGUUAUCCUCUUUCUCUGAAAACCAUUAAGUUUGGGGAUCAGUUUUACCUUUGCCAGGCCUUUCCUAAUGAAUUCCACAUUAAAUUUCCUGGCAGAGUAUUAAAGAGAAACCUUCAUUGAUAUAAAGCAGGCAGGGAGGUCUGGCUACAUGAUCAUAAAAGGUGCUCUCUAAAUCUAGGGUGACGGUUUUAAAGGCUUGCAGCAUUUAUGGGUAGACAAAGGUGGAGUGAUCCGAAAGACUCAUUAUGGCAUCCUGACUUGCCCAGUUGAAUUACAUUUUCAGUUAGCCCUGAAAGGGAGCCCAGGUCUGGAUGGUUUCGCUCUCUGGUUUGGUAUUUGACGAUUCUAUACAUACAACCUGUUCUGUUAUCAUAAAACAAGUCAUUUGGGCAAAACUCAAAAUGUUCCCCUACUUUUUCCAGCAUUUUCUAAAAGUUAGAGCUGCGUGACUUGGAAAUGUAGCCAUCCGUGACAUUCUUUUACUUAGUUUAUGCUGAUGCAGGGCAAGUGAACCCAAAAAUUGGGGCUUAGCCCUGGGGAGUUCUUGGCUUCACCCAGGAAAGAAUUCAAGGGCGAGCCGGUGGUGUUAGACAGCAACUUGUAUUGAAGCAGUAGUGCACAGCAGCAGAGGGGCCGCUCCUCGUAGAGCAGGGCUACCCCACAGGCAGUGUGCCCAGAGUGGCAGCUUGGAGGCCAGUUGGCACUCAUAUUUAUACCCACUUUUAGUUAAAUACAAAUUAAGGGGCAGAUUAUGCAGCAAUAUUUAGGAAAGUGGUGGUAACUUAUAAGUUGCGGAGUGGUUGCCAUGUUAAGGGGCAGUGACUUCCAGGUGUUGCCAUGGCAAUGGUAAUUAACAUGGUACAGUGAUGAGCAUUUCUUAUGAAAAGCUGCUUCCUGCACCCCCCCUCCCCACCACUGCCCUGUUUUAGCUAGUCCUCAAUUUGGUCCACGUCUGAGUCCAGUCUUUGGAGUUGAGUCCUGCCUUCUACCGGAUUGCCUAGAAUUUUAAUUGGAGGGAAAGUAUAAGCCCAUAUCACCAAGUUACAUUUCUAAAACGUUCAUCUUUUAAAAGAUCCUCUUGAGGGAAAGGGAAGGUUAGUAGUCUACUUUUAAAAGCAGUCUACUUUUCACCCACUUUGCAGCCACACAAUUAUUGUAACAAGAGGCUGAACUCUAAAGGGCUAAAGGGCAGGCAGUAUUAGGAAUUAGGAAUACAUUGACUUUGUUUAACAUUGAGUAAGUCAUUGUAAGAUGAUAAGUAACAGUGCAAUCCAACAUCUAUAAUAAAGUAUAUAUAUCAUUAAAAAAAAGGAAUUAGGAAUGUAAUUGAAGGCACUUCCCAUAGUUUUGUUGUAUGUUAAAAUAUCCAAAAUGGAUUUUAAAAGAAAUCUUUUCUUCCUUUAAGUGUAGUUGUGUUUCAAAAGGUGGUAAAGUCACUUUUCUUUCUGCCUCUUGAACAACAAAAAAGUCAAAGACGUGGUCAAUUGGCUUGUAAAUGUUAGCCAAAGCAUUAGAAAAGUGUUUAAGAGGUACUUCUCAAUAGUAGUUAAAACUGCAACGGUGCAACUCAAACUGUGGCCCACGGAUAGGCACUGUUCUGUGAAUUGUUUUCUACCAGUCUGCUACAAGAAAAGUCAGAAAUUAAGACUAUGCCCAUAGAAACAUUGAUAACACUUUGACAUUGCUGUGACUCAUGGUUUUGUCUUCUCGAGUGGGGUAUAGACCAGCUCAGGUCUGCUUAGCUAGAGACCCACAUGGUGCAGAGGUUGGAUACCAGCCUGUAUAGUAGGACCACAUAUUGGUUUGCAGUAUAUUGGAAAAUUUAAAACUUCUUUUAACACAGGUAGUUUGAUCAAUAUCAUUCUUGGCUGGGUGCAGUGGCUCGCACCUGUAAUCCCAGCACUUUGGGAAACUGAGGCAGGUGGGACACUUGAGGUCAGGAGUUUGAGACCAGCCUGGCUAACAUGGCGAAACCCCAUCUCUGCUAAAAAUACAAAAGUUAGCCAGGAGUGGUGGCACGUGCCUGUAAUCCCAGCUACGAGCAUCACUUGAGCCCAGGAGGCAGAGGUUGCAGUGAACUGAGAUUGUGCCCUGCACUCCAGCCUGGGCAACAGAGUGAGACCCUGUCUCAAAAAAUAAAGAAAGAAAAAAGAAAAAUAUCAUUCUAGAUCAAGAGUCACACAUGGAAAAUUAUCAGGGACCAGAGAUGCUUAUCCGAAAUAAAAACAUUAACUGUUAUUUUAAAAGAGGGACCUCAGCAAAAAGGAAACCUAAAUGGAUGUGUAGAAGAUUUACUUGGCCAGGAACAGUGUUUGAUAUUUUUGCUUUCUCUGUUUAAAUUAUCUCUGAUGUUUUGAUGACUUUUCUACCUCAUAAUUCAGCUUUUCUGCCUGCUUUCUCCAGUGGAGCUAUGGUCUUCAGUGAUUCCGUGACCUAUUCUUAUCACUGGGUAAAACGUUUUAUAGUAGAGAUUUCACGGUAGGACAGUGAUUCUCAGUUGGGGGUGAUUUUAGUGCCUUGCAGGUUGCUACUGGCGUCUAGUGUGUAGAGGCCAGAGAAGCUGCCAAAUAUCCUAAAUCGCACAGGACAGUCCUCACAACGAAGAAUUCUCUAAUUCAAAAUGUCAGUAGUAACAAGGUUGAGAAACUCUGCUGUGAGAUAAAGUAGGAUUUUUUAAAGGGAUCUGUCAUGAAUGGACUUAAUUUUGUGUUCUAUAUUAAGCUACCUUUUACCUUCAUAUUUAUUUAUUUUUAAUUUUAUGUAUUUAUUAUUUAUUUUGAGAUGGAGUUUCACUCUUGUCACCCAGGCUGGAGUCCAAUGGUGUGAUCUUGGCUCGCUGCAACUUCUACCUCCCAGAUUCAAGUGAUUCUUCUGCCUCAGCCUCCCAAGUAGCUGGGAUUUCAGGCACCUGCCACCAAACCUGGCUAAUUUUUGUAUUUUUAGUAGAGACAAGGUUUCACCAUGUUGACCAGGCUGGUCUUGAACUCCUGACCUCAAGUUAUCUGCCUGCCUCAGCCUCCCAAAGUGCUGAGAUUAUAGGCAUGAGCCACCAUGUCUGGCUGACCUUCAUAAUAUUUAAUAGGCCCUUAUGCUCUCACAAGUUUUAGAAAACAGUGGAUUAGCAAAAUGAGGAGCUGAGGCCAGAUGGUUCAUAGCUUGCCCAAGAUCUGAUUUAGGUUUAUAAUGUGUAAACUUAGAAAAUUCUGAUUCAUUUAUACAUCCAGAACCAUUACUAGGUUCUGAUCAUUUUGUUAAUUUUUUGUUGUUGUUGUUAAUUUUCAAAGAGGUAGAAUCACUGGGAGGAAAACUUGAUAUUUAAAUGAUUCUCUUUCUUCCAUAAUAUCUCCGAUUCUUGCAUUCCUGGUAGACUGUUCAGGGUUUGUGUAUAGGCACUGGUAAUAACUGGAUCCCUGAAUUCUGUCACUUUUAAAGGAGAUACUUCCUUUGUCUAGACUAUCAGAUCAUAAAUUGGUCCUCUUUUAAAUUUAUGUUCCCAUUAGGUGGUCAGUAUUUAUAAUCACAGUGUCUUUGAGGUUUAAUUUGUGGGGUUGGUGAUAUUUUUAUACUAAGUAAAUUUACAGUUGAGCCCAACACAGACCGUUAGUGGUUUAGUUUCUAUUCUGGCACAUUCCACCCAAGUUCACAAAGGGAUAUUUUUGUCUCAUAUUAGAUAUAUUACACAGAUGGGAACAGGACUCUUACUUGUAAUGGAAUUCCAAAAUGACAUUCUUAAGAAGUUAUUUCCCUUGGGGGUUGAGGACCCCCUUCUCAAAAGUUGAGAAGGCAUGUAAAUAGGGCUUUACCUAUAAUAAUUAAGAAAUGACAUAGUGCAUCAUGAUUCUGAUCAUUUGGCAGAAAGAUGCCAUUCUGAUGUAAAUAUUUUGGUGGCCACCAGACUUUGAAUGUUCCUUAAGGAAGCUGCUGGCCUAGUGGUCUGCAAAAUGUAAUGGAAUUAAGUAUUUUGGUGGUUUGGAAUACUGAGAUGGGUUUUUUGUUACUGUUAAUUGAUGUCGUAACAAACCCCAGGGAGAGAAAGAUUCUGGGAUCUGUAGGGAAGAGUGGAGUGGUCUUUGGUCAACUGAACUCAGACUGUUUUAUUUGGAGCUCUGGGUUUUUCUUGUGUGUGACCCUUGUGCAUUAAGAGAAUGAUCUCUGUGAAGUCUAGUGUAACGGGAUAGGGAGGGGCAAAGGAUUGGGAGGAUUGGGGUGGGUGAGAAGUUCCUAUGUGCUCUGUUUUGAGCAUUCCCACUGUGCUUCCCAUUAUUGCUGGUCUCUGGUAGCUUGCCUUGUGUUUUGAUGUGAUCACACUAUCUUCUAACCUGACACGGGGGCACUUUAUUCAGGUGCAUAUCACAGGCACUGUUUUCAUUGAUUUUUGUUGCUUUUGUAGUUCUCUUUUUCCUCUAAACAGUACUGUGUUCCACAAACCUUUCAUUGCAGUGCUGGAAAUUUGAAUUCUUUUCUUAAAUGACGCUUCUGUAGAGAAAAAUGUAAAGUGUUUUGGAGUUAGUCGUAGUUUGGUUGGUUCCUAGAUAGGUCAGCUUUAAAGGGUGACAGUAACUCACGUGAUUGCAUGAUCAGAUGAGAUGGAAACUUCAUAACUGAAGGGGAACAUUUAGCAUCGUCUUGACCCUCCAGGUAGAUUAUUUCGCUUCUGCCAAUUCUUCAUUGACAAUUGUGGUUUUGGGGGGCAAUUUUUAUAUCCGUCAUUUGAUUUCUGGACCUUUGUCAGUUAAUCAGUGGAGGUUAGGGCAGGGAUUAUGUGCUUUGAUGGGGAAGGUUUAGUAGUUACAAGCUUGGGGAUUUUGAGGGAAAGCAUUAAUUUCAUGUACAGGUCUUGGUGACAUGUAGUAGAUAUGGAUUAUCUGUCAUGCAGACAGUGAAGAGUAUGGUCAGGAUUCUUUUGGAAGCAGAAAAACAUACCAAACAGCUUCUCAUCUUUUACCAUCCAGAGCCCCUGAGGAGCAUCUACUGCCAUCAGAAAAACAUGCAAAUAGUACUUACUGCACUGCCCUCCAGGGGUCUUAGGCUCAACUGAAGGUUUAGAAACAUUCAAAUUUAUAACUGCCACACUUGGCGUCAGAUUCACUUAGGAUAUAAGAUGGGAAACACUGCUUACUAGCGAGCCAGAAACAGUUGCUCUUCUCUGGAAGUCUCUGCAGCUGUCUGUGUGGCAUAGUUCAGGUGCAAGGAGACAGAUCCACAGGGGGCAAGUUUGGAAGCUGCCCUGGCUUAAGAGCCCCUUGUCCCACGGGAACAAGCAUCUCUUAGAACAGCUUCAUAGACAUGGCCUCCAGGGUCCCUAUAAAAGACAUGCCUGUUCCAAGAGUCACACUGUACUUAGGGAAGCCCAGGGCUGUGGCUUCCUAUCAGGCUUCUUUAGUUAUCCCAGUCCAGAUGCAGUUUGCCAAUUGGGGGUCGUUUUUACCAUAUGUAAUGUUGCCUAGCAGUUGACAUAUGAAUUUUUAUUAGGUUGCCAGGGGAACAGAGCUAGAAAGUGAACAAAAGGUCAAAUGCUCAUGCAGAAGGGAAAGAGGCUUUGUUAAUCCUUUACCAAACACUAUGCUAAGCAAUUGCACAAUGGAUAUUGCACCUAUUUCCUAUAGAAUAUAGCCAGAGGAAUUUCCUAGUAAAAUAUAACCCACCCUAACCCAUUUUCCUCUCUUGAAUAGUGUUCUUGGUGCUCAGUUGCUUGUGAUGAAUACACAGUUUGCGAAUUUUGGUAAGGUGUAUAUAAGAGUUGGCUUAACAGUCAAAAUGAUCCCAGCCAGAACAUCAUGUAUUAUUAUUAUUAUUUUUUUGUCAUUUCAUAUGACAUUGACUCAUGAGAAAUAUAUCAUGUAUUCUUUGGUGUCACUCAUAAUAGGCAAGUAUAGUAUGUCAUACUGUAGGGACACUAUCGAAUGGACAUGCCUGAGUAUUCCAUCAGUCAUACUUUGAUGGGAGCCUUUGUCCCCCUGGCAAACACCAAACACAAGGCUCUUGGUAACCAUGCCUCUUAUUCCUCUGUCACGUGAUGCUAUUCCUGCCUGCUUCUGUUGCUCCCAGCAGAUCAAUGAGAGAAGAUGGCUGGUGAUUCAUUCAAUAGUUAUCGAACAAUUAUUUAUGGAGUCCUUACUGUAUGUCAAGCACAAAGGGUACUUCAGUGAACCAGCACAGUCGCUGCCCUCAAGGAGCCUGCAGUGUAUAAUUACAGAGACUAGCUGUUAAGCAGUUAUAACACAACAUGCUGGAUGUGACAGAAGGACAAGCACAGGGUUCUCUGAGAAUUUGUGGGUAGAGUACCUAGCCAGUCAUAGAGCCACAGAGCAGCUUUCUGUCUAAGCUACUCUUCCUAUCGAGUAAACUUCCAGCUUUGGCAUACUAUAUUUAUAAGCAGUUUAAACAGUUGCUGAAAUUUCUUGCCUUUUCCCAAACAUGGUGGCUUCAGUCACUAAUAAUGUUUAAAUUACCUGUUUUAUUCAGGUAUGCAAAAAUACUAUACUAUAAAUAGAACAUCCGAAUAUCCUAGUCUUUAGAAAACAGGCAUCAGGUUUUCUUUUUUCUUAAAGACAGGGUCUUGCUCUGUUGCCAGGCUGGAAUGCAGUUGUGCUAUCUUGGCUCACUGCAACCUCUGCCUCCUGGGUUCAAGCAGUUCCCCUGCCUCAGCCUCCUGAGUAGCUGGGACUACAGAUAUGCACCACCAUGCCUGGCUAAUUUUUUGUGUUUUAGUAAAGAUGGGGUUUUACCAUGUUGGUCAGGCUGGUCUCGAACUCCUGACCUGAUGAUUCACCCACCUUUGCCUCUCAAAGUGCUAGCAUUACAGGCGGGAGCCACUGUACCCAGCCAGGUGGUUUUCUUAUUGAAAAAAUAAUAUGGUUUUCUGGCCAGGCAUGGCCUGUAAUCCCAGCACUUUGGGAGGCUGAGGCAGGUGGAUCAUGAGGUCAGGAGUUCAAGACCAGCCUGACCAACAUGGUGAAACCCCAUCUCUACUAAAAAUACAAAAAUUAGCCACGCAUAGUGGCGUGAACCUGUAAUCCCAGCUACUCAGGAGGCUUAGGCAGGAGAAUCACUUGAACCUGGAAGGUGGAGGUUGCAAUGAGCUGAGAUCACACCACUGCACUCCAGCUUGGGCAACAGAGUGAGACUCUGUCUCAAAAAAGAAAAUAAAUACAUAAAUAAUAAAAUAAUAAUAUGAUUUUCUUCUUUUUAAAAAUAAUAUAGUAUAUAAAUUAUUAUUGUUUAAUUAAAAGUGACAACAACAAAUAACUUCCCAUUAUGUUGAUCCAGUGUACUGUGACAGAUGGGGAGGAGCCCCACGGCAUCUGGAGUGGGUCUUGUCUGGCCGUGUGAACUAGUUAAUAGCUCAGAAAUCAGGAUACACGUCAGGCACGGUGGGUCACACCUGUAAUCCCAGCAUUUUGGGAGGCUGAGGUACGUGGAUCACUUAAGGUCAGGAGUUCAAGACCAGCCUGACCAACAUGGUGAAACUCCAUCACUACUAAAAAUAUACAAAAUUAGCUGGGCAUGGUGGCACACACUUGUAAUCCCAGCUACUUGGGCGGCUGAGGCAGAACUGCUUGAACCUGGGAGGCAGAGGUUGCAAUGAGCUGAGAUUGUGCCAUUGCACUCCAGCCUGGGCAACAAAAGCAAAACUCCAUCUCAGAAAAAAAAAAAAAAAAGAAAGAAAUCAGGAUACAUAUAGGACAGGACUAUUAAAUCAAGAGAUUUGAGAGUUAGAAGGGACAUGAGGGCUGGGCGUGGUAGCUCAAGCCUGUAAUCCCAGCACUUUGGGAGGCCGAGGCGGGUGGAUCACGAGGUCAAGAGAUUAAGACCAUCCUGGUCAACAUGGUGAAACCCCGUCUCUACCGAAAAUACAAAAAAAUUAGCUGAGCAUGCUGGUGCGUGCCUGUAAUCCCAGCUACUCAGGAGGCUGAGGCAGGAGAAUUGCCUGAACCCAGGAGGCAGAGGUUGCGGUGAGCCGAGAUCACACCAUUGCACUCCAGCCUGAGUAACAGAGCGAAACUGUGUCUCAAAAAAAAAAAAGAAGGGACAUGAGAGAUAGUCUAGUCCAACUCCAUGUGACAGAUGAAUGACGUUUUUAGUUCUCACACAGCUGGUUAGGAUAAGAAACCAGGUCCUGCCAGGCCAGUCCUGAUAAUAGACAGACAUGUUUGGGCAGGCAGAAAAGACCAUUCAUAGAUAACAUUUGUUUCCAUGGGUAUCCAUCAUACCAGAGCCACAGGAGAGGAAAAUGCUGUUUUGGCCUCAUAUGAUAAAGUAUGUAUUGUGUGAUUAUGGUCUGCAUUCCUGUAAUGCUUAGACAGGGAGGGGGAAAUCACGUGUCGAGCAUGGGGGAGUUCAUUUCUUUGUCUUGUAAUGCCCGAACAUAUCUGAAACAGCAUAAACCAUGAUGGAACACACACACACACACACACACACACACACACACACACGGCAAGUUAAAAUAUUCAUUGUCUACUUCCUUAAUAUAUGUCCUGUAGUUUAUUGCAAUUUAAUCAUUUUACUUGUUUCAAAAGUAAAAAAAUAUAUAUUAUUAACUUGAAAUUACUUUUUCUAACCUCUCUUAUUUUUCUUUCUUUCUUUUUUGCUGUUGUUAUAGAGUACUUCGUUAUCAAUGCAGAUCUUUCCUUCUUUUUUAAGACAGAGUUCCACUGUGGAACCCAGGCUGGAAUGCAGUGGUGCAAUCUUGGCUCACUGCAACCUCUACCUUCCGGGUUUAAACAAUUCUCAUGCCUCAGCCUCCUGAGUAGUUGGGAUUACAGACACAUGCCAUCAUACCCGGCUAAUUUUUGUAUUCUUAGAGAAAAUUAGUAGAGACGGGGUUUCACCAUUUUGGUCAGGCUGGUCUUGAACUCCUAACCUCAGGUGAUAAUGCCCACCUCAGCCUUCCAAAGUGCUGGGAUUACAGGUGUGAGCCACCGCAUCCAGCUUCUAACUGAUUUUUGAAAUAUAAAUUGGGUGUGAUUCAGGGAAUGUAAUGAGCAAUCUUAUUUGAAACAGGAAACCACAUAUUUAAGUCAGCAGCCCACAUGAUAGUAUGGUAUUGAGGAAAAAUGUAUUCUUAGGUAUUUCUUGACUCAGUGGACUUUAAUCAGUCUACUGCAAAAGCUAGCUUUAUUUAAAGGUCUGCAAUUAUAUAUAAGAAUUAUUAGUAAAACAGAUUAGCCACUUAACAAUCUAAAAAUACCUAGAUGCAGUAUUCCCAGUUGUUAAUUUAUCAAAACUUGUUAUUUAUCAAGUUUGGGAUUAAAGUUAACUUAGGGCCAUCAAAAAUGCAAAUUAUCUCUAAUUUGGUUAAAUCAACCUGGGAGUAAACAGGUGAUAAUCUCAGCGUAAAUUUUUGUUUUGAUUUAUAUAAAGUCAGAUUGAAAUACCCUAGUUACAAGUUUAGAAUAGGAGUGGCCUCAGCUAGGUUCAAGAAAAAGUCCUUUGUUCCUCUGUUGCUCAUUUUGUCCUCAGAAACAAAUACAAUUGAAUUAUUUUCUGUACCUUCCCAAAUUUGAAGCUGACCUGAAUUUGGUACCUGCAAAUUUAAAAUGGCUAAGGUCAAAAUAGUAAAAACAGUUCCUUUAGAAUGAAUGUGUUAGCUGGGUGUAGUGGUGCACACCUGUAGUCCUAGCUACCUGAGAGGCUAAGGUAGAGGGAUUGCUUGAGCCCAGAAGUUCGAAGCUGCAGUGAGCUAUGAUCACGUCACCAUGCUCCAGCCUGGGCAACAGAAUGAGACCCUUUCUAAAAAAAAAAAAAUUUUUUUUUAAUUGAAUGAAUGCAAUAGGGAAUUGAGGAUCUUCUCAUAUUAAUGAAUUAACAACCCUUCAUAAUUUUAGUUAACUGUUUUUCUCAGGGCAAUAUUUUGCAUAAACUUCCAAUCAAGAAUUUUAUGGACAAGAUUUUAGUUAAGGAAAAAAUUAAUCCCACAAAAGAAAGAGAACUACUGAAUAGAGCUUUAAACAGAAGAAACUUCCAUCAAACCAUUUUUCCCGCUUCUUUGUGCCAUGGUAUUAGGACCAACCAUUUAUUUAUAUGAGACAGUUUCUGGCAGACUAUCCCAAGCCAGGACAUUUUAGAUUCUGUGCAGAAAGACUGACCACUCUUUGAUGAAUGGGUAAUUCAUGGUGUAAUGUAUGAAAAAAGUAAGGCAGACAACACAAACAUCACAGGAAGCACGGCCAUGCUAGGGUCUGAGCUCUGCAGUUACACACUGUCCAACAACUCUUGGAAGAAAAAUAGAAACUGACUUUAUCUUUCCCUGUCAAGUUUGCAAAUGGAUUAGUUCAUUACAAAGGCACUUGUCAAAACAUAUUUCUUAAAAAGAGAAGCCAGCGUUGGAAAUCAUCUUGACCAUUAAAAAAAAUAGCAACUGAUACCUUGUUUAAGAAGCGAGAAAGUUUCUGCUUUUUGGAAUUGAAUUGGUUUUUAUGUUAAAGUGAAAUGUACCAAGUCUGUUUAUAUAGGUCAGUGUUGCCCAAGUUGUGUUGUUUUGCUGUUUUUACUUUUUUAUAUAUAAACAAUGAAAAUGAUGAGAGAAUAAAUUAGUGGAUAUCAUCUAAA